AAGAGUUGAUUGGAUAUUAUUCACCACGAAUUCUGACCUUCCCAAGCGAUAUUGCCUAUGCAUUCCGGGGUAUCGAAAAUGCGAUUGGCCCUGCAAUUGGUGGCACGCAGUUCUUCUUUGGGCUCACGUCUUGUGCUUUCGACGCCUCAAUGUUAUGGGCAAAGAAGUCUAGAAACGAGGUACUCACUCGUCGCCUAGGAGCUCCUAGCUGGACCUGGAUGGGCUGGGAGGGAGCAACUUCGUAUCUUGGUACAUCCUAUUUCACCGAUGAAAUAGAUUGGCUCACAAACCGGACUUGGGUAGACUGGUAUAUCGUGGAUGGUUCUGAUAACCUCAUAUGUGUCUGGGAUUCUACAAGAGACACCAUCAUCGACAACCGGAGCUCUGAAGGAAACUUAAACCUCCAAGACAAGCCACAACCUAUUUGGCGCUACGGUCAUUGUUCAGAAGAAAACCUCUUUGGCCGAAAAACGGUCCUCUGGCCUAUUCAAGAGAAACCUCCUACCUUGAAUUCAUCUAGGGUGCCGAGAGGGUUUCCCUAUCUUGCAUUUGUGACUACCCAUUCCAGAUUCAAUGCGAGAGUUGUCUACCUACAACAGAAUAUAACGACGACCUACAUAGAUAUUUGCGACAAGGAUGGAUUGGUCUGUGGCACGUUGCGAGACUAUUAUCUCUCCGAUAUGACCUCUCCUGACGAUGGUAUGAAAUCUGUAGAGAUUAUAACUAUAUCUUACGCAGAUGAGGGUCUCACUCAUUUCUUUACGGCGGGCAAAAAUAUUAAAGAGAUAUACGGGGAAUUCAAAAUAGAACCUCUCCCGAUCAUCGCUUUUAAUGUGCUAGUCAUCGCACCUCAUACACAGAAACCAGGAAUUUACGAGAGAGUUGGGUCUGGGUUCCUCCUCAAAGAUUCCUUGUUCCGAGGAUUAGAGCCCCCUAUUUGGAAGCAGAUUGUAUUAGGUUAAAAAAAAAUUCUUUUUUCUUUCUUCUUUUUGAGUAUCCUUCUUUUAGCUCUUCCCCUUAUGACCCAGGUCUCGGGAGUUGAUAUAUAAGGAAUGUCUUUUACGUCAUAAUACAUGUUUUGGUAUAGUGCUGAACUUUUGAAAAACAUGUUCGUAUUUCUUGGUCAAACUUUAUGCAUACAUUUCUCACCGCCAAGGUCUGAUAACCAUACUUCACCUCAACAUUUAUAAUUGUCAAUUAAUAUAUACGAUGUUACACUCUGUAUAACAUGGAUCGUAACUUAACAUAUUACCCCGAAUCAUUGCACUUCAUACCACUUGUCCUGUGGUUACUUUGCAAACCCUCGUAAUACUUAAUUAUCAACACCAAGAAAACAACCCGUUUUACGCAAGCCAACAAAGCAUUACCAUCCAAAACAGCCCUCAAGCGGUUCC